GUCACGGAGUGACUCUCAGGGUUCCAUACAGAGUGUUUAGGAUUCCAUGUGCACGGGCUUACAUUGUACCCGUUCCCAGCUGUCUCAAGUCACUCUGACAUCUACCUGUUGGAUACUUGUCUUUUUUAUUUUUGUUUGGGAAGAGGGGGGCUGAUCAGCCAGCCCCCUGCGUGUCUAUCUGAUUGCUUGGAGUAGAGGGGGGAUCUACGGAUGAGGCACCAUGUCCAAAACCCUGAAGAAGAAGAAACACUGGUUGAGUAAAGUGCAGGAGUGUGGGCUGUCUGGGCUGGGGGGAGAUCCCAGCUCCCUGCUGGAGGUGCGGGGGGGCGCAGAGCAUGGAGAGUUCCCCUAUUUGGGGCGAUUGAGAGAGGACGUUGCCAGCUAUAUAGCGGGCAAGGUGCCCAGCCAGGGAGACGUCCUGUUGGAGGUGAAUGGGACCCCGGUGAGUGGCCUGACACACAGGGACACCUUAGCUGUGAUCAGGCACUUUAGGGAGCCUAUCCGUCUGAAGACUGUUAAACCCGGUAAAGUUAUCAAUAAAGAUCUGCGUCACUACCUGAGCCUGCAAUUUCAGAAGGGAUCCAUAGACCACAAGCUUCAACAAGUGAUCAGAGAUAACCUCUACCUGAGAACGAUACCCUGUACUACUCGCUCCCCACGUGAUGGAGAAGUCCCGGGGGUGGAUUAUAAUUUUAUUACUGUUGAGCAGUUCAAAGCUCUUGAAGACAGCGGCGUAUUGCUAGAGAGUGGAACAUAUGAUGGUAAUUUCUAUGGCACCCCCAAGCCUCCUGCGGAGCCUAGCCCUUUCCAAUCAGACCCGGUGGACCAGGUCCUAUUUGAUGGCGAUUUUGACACCGAAACACAGAGGAAAAGAACCACAUCUGUCAGCAAAAUGCAAAGAACAGAUUCUUCUUUACCUGAGGAGGAAUAUGAAGAGGAGAGAGAGACGGUUAAUGGCAGCAGUGGAAGUGCAGAGCAUAGGGACAAACAGGAGACCUCUGAAUGGGGCAAGGUAGUCCCAAGUUACAACCAGACCAACAGUUCCAUGGAUUUCAGAAAUUACUUGACACGAGAUGACAACCUGGAACCUCUGCCAAAGAACUGGGAAAUGGCCUAUACUGAAGCUGGCAUGAUCUACUUUAUUGACCAUAACACUAAAACAACAACGUGGCUAGAUCCCCGGCUGUGUAAGAAAGCCAAAGCACCGGAAGAUUGCGAUGAUGGAGAGCUUCCGUAUGGUUGGGAGAAGAUAGAAGACCCUCAGUAUGGAACUUAUUACGUUGAUCACAUCAACCAGAAAACACAAUUUGAAAACCCUGUGCUGGAAGCCAAGCGGAAAAAACAGCUCGGUCAAUUGAGCCUGCCUCCUACUGAUGGAGCUAUACAUACAGACCCAGAAAAGUCCCCCUUUACCAGGGAUCCAACCCAGCUGAAGGGUGCAAUUCUGCGCACAUCCCUAAAGAAAAGCUCCAUGGGAUUUGGAUUUACUAUUAUUGGAGGAGACCGGCCAGAUGAGUUCUUGCAAGUGAAGAACGUAUUGAAGGAUGGUCCAGCUGCUCAAGAUGGCAAAAUUGCACCAGGUGAUGUGAUUGUAGACAUCAACGGAACAUGUGUUCUUGGUCACACACACGCAGAAGUGGUCCAGAUGUUCCAACUUAUUCCUAUUGGUCAGUAUGUGAAUAUGACACUUUGUCGGGGUUAUCCCCUACCUGAAGAUAGUGACGAUCCUGUUGCUGACAAUGUUAAUGUGGUUCCACCGAUCAUUAAUGGACAGCUCACCAGUCAAGGAGACAUGGGAAGUCAGGAUUUAAAAACUGGAGUGUUGAUUGUGGAUCAGAAUGGAAAACCAGGCCAUGUGCUGGUUAAUGGACGACUUAAUGGACCUUCACUGGACCUACAAGAGCAAAGGACAUCUAUGGCAUCCUCUGGGACCUCCCUGCCUGAGCUUGUCACUAUUCCCUUACUAAAAGGACCCAAGGGCUUUGGGUUUGCAAUAGCUGAUAGUCCUAUGGGACAAAAGGUCAAAAUGAUAUUGGAUAGCCAGUGGUGUCCAGGACUGCAGAAAGGAGAUGUGAUAAAGGAGAUCUUUCACCAAAAUGUGCAGAACCUGACACACAUCCAAGUGGUUGAAGUUCUAAAGCAGUUUCCAGUCGGAUCUGAAGUGCCACUUCUCAUCUUAAGAGGAGGUCCUCCUUCACCAAACAAAGUAGCAAAAGUGAAAUCUGACAAGCAGGACUUGGCUGGAAGUCUUGAAACUAUUGGCCCAGUUGACCCUGUGCCACAUCCUUUGCCGUUUCCUCCAAAUCUUGCACGAUCCAACUCCCCUAAACUUGACCCUUCUGAGGUCUAUAAGAAGUCAAAAAACAUCUUUGAAGAUAAACCUCCCAACACAAAAGACUUGGAUGUUUUCCUGCGAAAGCAAGAAUCUGGCUUUGGAUUCAGAGUCCUUGGAGGAGAUGGGCCUGACCAGGCAAUUUACAUCGGAGCAAUCAUCCCUUUGGGAGCAGCUGAGAAGGAUGGACGACUUCGUGCUGCAGAUGAGCUAAUCUGUAUUGAUGGAGUCCCUGUGAAAGGAAAGUCCCACAAACAAGUGCUGGAUCUAAUGACCAACGCAGCUCGAAAUGGCCAUGUGUUGCUUACAGUACGAAGACAGAUCUAUUACGCUGAUAAACCCCAGGAUGAAGAAGAACUCCAACCUACACCCCCUACUCUCAAUGGAUCGCCCAGGCUGAACCGUAUCGAGGUCGCUGGUGUCCCCAAGCCACCUGCAGAAGCCUAUGAUGUCAUCCUACAGCGCAAAGAAAAUGAAGGCUUUGGAUUUGUCAUCUUGACUUCUAAAAAUAAGCCCCCACCUGGAGUAAUUCCACAUAAGAUUGGACGUGUGAUUGAGGGUAGCCCUGCAGACCGAUGCAGGAAGCUGAAAGUGGGAGACCGGAUCUCAGCUGUGAAUGGCCAGUCGAUCGUAGAGUUGUCACAUGACAACAUAGUACAGCUAAUAAAGGAUGCUGGGAACACUGUCACCCUCACAGUGAUUGCCGAAGAAGAGCACAAAGGUCCUCCGUCUGGUACCAACUCUGCAAGACAGAGCCCAGCUCCGCAGCACCGAGCCAUGGGACAAGCUCAACCAAACUAUGGAACCUUGGAAAGGAACAGCUUAGAUGCAGACGGCAAUAAAGGGGACAUUUCUGCCACCUACAGAUUUUUGUGGCCUGAUCACAAAUCUGACACUGCAGUAAAUCGCCCCUCACAGCCUGUGGGCUGUUACCCUGUGGAGCUGGAGAGAGGACCUAGGGGAUUUGGAUUUAGUCUUCGAGGAGGAAAAGAAUACAACAUGGGGCUGUUCAUCCUUCGCCUUGCAGAAGAUGGCCCAGCCAUCAAAGACGGACGCAUUCAUGUUGGGGACCAGAUAGUGGAAAUUAAUGGAGAACCAACACAGGGAAUCACUCAUACACGGGCCAUUGAACUGAUACAAGCCGGGGGAACAAAGGUUCUUCUUUUGCUGAGACCUGGAACAGGCCUUAUCCCAGAUCACAAUGAACUGGACUUUACUCAUCCUCCAUCUCCAGAUGUAAUAUAUGAUGACCUCCCAGCAUAUUCAUCAGCCUCACACAUGGCUCCCACUCCUGGUGUUUCUCAUUUGCCAGAACCUGAUGAGUCAGUGGAUUUUCAGAAAGCAGAGAGAAUGGCUUUGCCAAAGGACCAUGCAUCUGAAAGCAAAGACGUAAAAGCACUCCCCAGCAUUAACAUCCAAGAGGAAGAAAGUAUAAUACAGGACAAGCAACCACCAGCUGUCCAGCACAAACAAAGAGAAAGAUCUGUGAGCCCUAGGAAUGCCAAUAAAGGAAGCCUAUUGAAUCCUGAUAAGGACAGAAGUGCAAGGAGAGGUCGGUCUGUAAGUCCCAAAAAAUCUGAAAGCAAACGCUCCAAAGAUCCGCUUGAGAAGACCCAGAGUCCUAGACAAUCAGAGUCCAAAAGAGUACACAACGAAGUCAGAGAGAGAUCUGCAAGCCCGAGGAAAACACAGAGUAAAAAAGUAGAGGGCAUUACCAAUGCUGGGACUCAUGGGAAAGAGCAGUCUAGGGCACACAGGGGGAGAUCUGCCAGCCCAAAAAAGGCUUACAAGGACACCGAUAAAAUUCAUGAUGGUGAUCUAGAAAGGGUGCAGAAAUCUAUAACCAAGCCUCACAAGACUACCACCAAACCUGAAGCUACUGAUCACACAAGGGAGAAAAAUGACAAUCAUGAUAAAAUAAGAAAAGAUGAUAAGGGAGAGAAAGUAAAGGUUGAACAAAAGCAAGAAAAAUCUAGAAAAGAGGGAAGGGAUGAAAAAUCAAGAAGAGAAGAGAGGGAUGAGAAAUUUAAGAGGGAAGAAAGGGGAGAUAAAAUCAAGAAGGAAGAAAGGGGUGAAAAAUUCAAGAGGGAAGACAGGGAUGAGAAAUCCAAAAGAGAAGAGAGGGAUGACCAUUCUAGGAGGGAAGAUAGGCAUGACAAAUCCAGGCGGGAGGAGAGGGAUGACAAAUCUAGACGAGAAGGGAAGGAUGACAGAUCCAAGAGAGACGUGAGGGAUGAGAAAAAGACAGAUGAAAAGCACGAGAAAUCCAAGAGAGAUGACAAAACCCGGAGAGAAGAAAGGCAUGAGAAAAGGACAGAAGAAAAGGCAAACCACCAUGGAGCAAGUGACAAAAGAUCUCCAGAGAAAACAGUUUCACCAAAAAGUAUGACGGAACGGGAGAAAUAUAAAGCAGAGACUGAGCCUUCCAAAAAAGAGGGCUCUUAUCCAUUGAGUAAACAGCAGUCACGAGAUGUGGUACCAAAAAUGGAACAAGCUGAAAAGAACAGAUCAAGGGAGCCCACUGCUUCCCACAAAGAGUCCCUCAAGAAAUCCACAGCAGAAGCUGCAGACAAAACCAAAGAUGAAGGUGUGUCAAAAGCAGGAUCAAAGAAAAUUUCUCCGGGACCAUGGAAAGUGCCAGGAGUAGACAAAAUCACAGAUGCUGACACUUUCGAUAUAUAAACACUAACUGAGCAUACAUUUUGAGCAAUUUAUAACUCCUAGAAACUAUCUGGCAUAAAGGACAUUUGGGAUGUGCUUGUAUUGAAUGGUCUUCCACACGAUUGUGAAAUGGAAAUCUUUGAAGAUGUAUUGCUGCCCUUUUGACAUUGUGCUGCUAAAAUCAAAUGGGUUGGACAGUGUUGUACAGUUCUUGAACACAUUUAUUUAACUUUGCCAACGUGAUCAUAACAUAAUCCUGUGCCAAUUAGUCUACCUUCUCAUUUUAUUUCCUUUGUCUGUUUAAAGUGUAUGUUACAUAAGCCAAAAGAAGAAAAAAAAAAGUAAUAUCAUCAUGAUUCUCUUGAACAUGAGAUAUAUUUGACUGAGCAUGUUGCAUGUUUAUAUACCGUAACAAAACAUCAUAUAUGUGUGCACCAGUCAUGGCAAUGAGAGUUAUUAUUGGAAGUAGCCGCUAUCAAGAACAAAUAUCAAUUGAUUAUCAAUUUUUUGCCUUUUCAUAUUUAAGAAUCCUCUGUAACCAAGAUUUGCAGUACCAAAAGCAUUACAUGCAAACUGUAUUUUCACAAAUAGUUGAAUUCUAUUACAGCAAAGUACACGUAGCCCCCCACCCAAAAUGGCUUACUUUAUAUAAGCAAUUUUUGUAUGCACAAAUUGUGUCAAGGAUUACUCACCUUGAAAAUAUAUACUCAACCCUUAUCAUAGGUACCGGAAAUGCACAACUAUCACUUUUUGCAUACAAAGGGUUUGAUUUUAUUUUAUUUUUUCUAUGUUUGUAUUAUGAUUCUAAUGUUUUAGAAUACUCUAUAACCAAUUUUGCCUCCAUUGACUUUUCUUUCUUAUCAUAAAUCAUUUUACAUUAUUUUUAAAUAUCUAAUUUGAAUAGAGAAGGAGGAAGAUGGACGAAUUAUACGUAUAUUCAUGAGUGUGAUGCAUUUUAUCAACAUAUGUAAUUUUAUUAAGGCCGAAAAAAUUGGACAGUGUUUUUAUCAUAUGGGUAAAAAGUGAAAUGUGACAUAGAAUUUGCAACUGUAUAAAAUGAUUUCAUGAUGAGCAGUGUUCAAGAAUAGAAAACAAAGGGGUAAGAAAAGUCUACUAAUAGAGUAAAUGUAUUUUUUUUUUACCUGCAGCCUCCCAUGCUCAAUUUAAUUAGUAAUUGUGAUUGGUAAAUUCAUAAUAUUUUUAUUACCUUUUUAAGAAGAGAGAAUAGGUUAUUUACCAAAAAUGCAAUAUUGGCACAAUCAUGAGUUUCUUUAUUUUUUGGUAUAUUGUGAAAUUGUAUAUGAUCUACUAGCCACAAAAAGACAUUGUUACAUAGUUAUAUGGUACGUUUAAAUGUUUUUUUUGUUUUUUU